GUUCGAAGGGGAUUGUGGGAAGGGAAGAACUGGCCGGUGCUGAGAACACAGUAACGGAGCCUUGGAGACUGGUGUAAACGGGGAGCGGGUGAGCCAAGCCUGGGGGUAGGGAAGCUGCUCCCCCGUUGCUCUGCUGGUUCACAGGCCCGGUCUCCGGGAUGGAGGCCGCGGUUAUCCGGCGCACACAGGACACUCUCGGGAAGGUGAUUAGGAAGCCGCCGCUUACGGAUAAACUGCUGGCCAAGCCGCCGUUCCGGUACCUGCACGACAUUCUAACCGAGGUUAUCAGGACCACCAGCUUUCUGAAGGGACUGUACACGGAGUCAGACCUGAAAUCUGAUAAUGUGAAGGAUAAGGAUUCCAAAAUCAGCUUCUUACAGAAAGCAAUAGAUGUAGUUGGUCUGGUGAUUGGAGAACCUCUGUCUGUGAAGCCAGCUCGUAUUGUGGCAGGACAUGAACCGGAGAAGACGAAUGAGUUCCUACAGGCCUUAGGGAAAUGCUGUUUGAAUAAAUUAUCCAGUGAUGAUGCUGUGAAGAGGGUUCUAACAGGAGAAAAACUGGAACCUAAAGGGAAGCCUUCAUCAAGCACCAAGUCUCAGGAUAAAGAGAACAGAGAGGCAAAAGAUGAAGAACGAAGGAGCCAGAGGGAGAAAGAGGACAGGAAGGAGUCUGAAAUCAGGGAAAGAAGUGGGAGCAAAGACAGAAAAGACAGACAGCAGCUGAAGGAUGAGGAAAAAAAACAUUCUGAGAGAGAAAAAAAGAAGGAACGGGAAAGAGUGGGAGAGACAGAGAAAGAUGGAUUGCGAGAAGGAGAAAAAAAUGAUAGAGAGAAAAGCAGAAUAAAAGAGUCUCGGUCAGAAACUGACAAAGACAGAAAUAAAGAGAAAGGCGGGGACAGAGAAAGACGAAGUGAAGGGAGCCAUGGAAAAGAGAGGGAUAGAACAAGAGAUAAAGAAAAAGUAAGAGGCCGAGAGAGAGAACAUGAGAAGGAGCGAAACCUGGAAAAAGAGAAAGAUCCUGAAGAUCGCAGUCGUGAAACGGACAGAGAUCGUGGUGACCGUAACAGGGAUGAGAGGACAAGAACACGGGAACAGGAUAAGGAACGAAGACGAGAAAGGGAUCCGGAAAGGAGAAAAGAACGUGUAAGGGAAAAUGAGCAACAAGGGGACAGAAAGGAAAAACCAGAGGAAGCAAGAUCAGAACGAAAGUUGUCUGUUUCAUCCAAAGCAUCUCGGCCAUCCGCCUCAAAAUUACGAGAGAGAAGGCCAGCCAAACUUAGUGGAGAAGGUGAGAAUAAACUAUUUUCAGAAAGUACUGCUUUGCCCAGCGAAGACUACAGAAAACAGCCUCCUUCUCUAUGUCCUACCAUGUAUUGCAGAAGAAUCCCUCGACCUGGAAGUGCGAGACCAGCUCCACCAAGAGUAAAAAGGCAGCCCAGCACGGAUGUAAUUGUCCCUGAAAGGGCCAGCAGUGGAAAGGGUGUAUCCAGUGUGAUUGUGGAGAAGCAGAAAGAUAACGGUGGUGAUGAUGAUGAUGACAAUGAAUUUGUGGUGGAGGAAGCGUCUCCUCAACUAUCGGAUAUGCCCGCAAUGGAGAUGGUAAGAAAGCUAGACGGCCCGGCAUCUGAGAAGCAUGGCAGUCUUGUUAAGAAAAUCUUAGAGACCAAAAAGGACUAUGAGACACAAGCUGAUGCAGUCAGUAAGGACAAGACCCUCUUGACUGAUAAUGGCAGAAAGAAGGAAAAGGACAUGGUGACAAAGGAGAUUGAGAAGUUUAGGAGCUCCAUCCAGAUCGUGUGUCGCAGUGCUCUGCCACUCGGGAAAAUUAUGGAUUAUAUUCAGGAGGACAUGGACACAAUGCAGAAUGAGCUGCAGACGUGGAGGAAGGAAAAUGGUGAACACGCAGAGGUUCUCCUAAGAGAGCAGAGCAUCACUGACUCCGCCGUGGAACCUCUCAAGGCUGAACUUGCCGAGCUGGAACAACUUAUCAAAGAACAACGGGAUCGAAUCUGCACAGUGAAAGGGAACAUACUACGAAAUGAAGAGAAAAUCCAGAAGAUGGUUCAGAGCAUGAGUGGCUCUAGUAUAGACUGAACCAUGCAGCGGUAUACCCAUGGUCCAUAUAUCAGUGGCACCAAUUACUCUUUUUCUCUAGGUCAAGUACUAUAAACCUAUUUUUUUCAGUUACUGUUCAGGGUGUGUGUGUGUAUUGUUGAUGUUCUAUGGCAGGCGUGUGCGUUCUGUUCAGGAAGCAGCUUCUGCUUUAGAGAGCCAUGCUAGUCCUUGGCUGAGCUUCAUAGUGAAUCUUCUGCUCUUUCGCUGCAAAGACCAUUCUUUUCUUAACAGGACCACUUCUUCUGCAGCGGUUCUUCUAGAGAAACCAGCUAUUUUUUGAUCCGUGCAUAUUCUGUGAAGAAAUCGUACAAAUGCACAUUUUGUUUUCAUCCGCUAUGUUCUGGCCAUAUAUGGUCUAGAUUUUAAGUCAACGAUUCAUGCAGUACUUGCAUUGAUUAAAUAUGGUAUACAUCUCAGUGGAAUAGCUGUUGAG